AUGAACGGCGCAUCGCGCACGCGCAAUUCGCUGUCUUCUUCGUCUCGUCUUAGUUUGGGAGGUUAUUUUUUUUCGUUUCAAAAAGUAAGCAAUGAAAAAUGCUUUGCAGGCUCCGUACGCCUUCACGAUCUUCUAGAAGACCACGCCGACGACUACAGUAUUUUGGGCGUCGACGUCGACAGAGCCAUUGACGCUAGGGAUCUGGACACCGAAAACUUGUACGCUGAGAGUGCACCUCCGAAAAAGGAACCUAUUUCUUCUUUCAAGGUAAGAUUAUCACGUGUAACCGCAGUAGGUUAUUCAUCCACAAGAAGAAAAGAAUAAAUAAAGUAGGUUGAAAAAAAAAAAAUCAGGAUAUAGCCUAUUCCGCGCCAGCUUGUCACGUUUUUCUUUCCGCCAAAAAGACCGUAUACCAAAUUAGAUCAAAUUUCUGCUUUUAGAACGGCAAGAAACAAAGGUCUUGAAGCGAAAGUUGAUUAAAUUUGACCUGGCCUUUUGGCGGAAAGAAAAACGUGACAAGCUGGCGCGGAAUGGCCUAUAGGGUGAAACUAGUCUCACAUACAGCUGUUAUAGUUCACUAAUACUCAAAACCUUAGCAAUUCGUAAGUUUAAAAGGUUGCCGUCAUUAUGACGUCAUGCGGCGCCGCUGAGCGCGCUUGUUUUGUUUUUUUUUGUUGUUGUUUACGCGCCGCGCUGAUCUUUGGCGUUUUGUCUUGAGAAAACUGCUUCCUCGGAUCUUGUCCUUCCGCCCAUUCUCAUCGAUUUUUCAUAGUUCUGUCCACCUCCUCGAAACGUUCUUUCAGUUUCCAUUCGCUCAGACUAACUGUUGUUCCGCUCGAAUAUUCAACAAAUAAACACACCCCGCGGGCAGAGCCAUAUCCUCUCCUCUCUCCUCUGAACUUUGAGAGAUCUACCAUUGCUCAUUCUUCUCACCACGGAGUAUGGAGCUCCCGAUUAUUCCUCUUCCAAUCUCGAUUCCUAUCGCUAGUUUGAUCGAAUCGCCGCCGUCGUCUUCCUCCGAGGACGAGCUUUUUGUGGUGAGUUUUUUUUUUCUUACGACAAAUUUAUUCAGUUUGAAGAAGAAAAGUAUAACCUUUGUUGUGUCCAUAUUUUCAACACUCAUUUUUUUUUUCGGGAGCGCUUAUGCAAAUUGUAUUCGCCCGCUUUCGUAGUUUCCUUCUGAGUCUGUUUUGCAAUGGAAAAAACGUGUAUGAAAAUUGAGAAAUAGGAUCUUCAAGGGAAAACAAGUAAAUGGAUAGCAUGCGGAGCUUCUUUUUACUAUUCUCGAAAAAAAAAAACUGUGCCGGACAACAAGCUUUUUGGCCUUGGCUCUCAUUGGAAACACCAGGCUUUCAGCUGUUUGCUCUCGAAAUGCGAUGAAAUUGCUGUUUUGCCGGCCGAAAUUGUUUAUUUUACGUGUGAUUCCCGUCGGUUCCCAAAAAUAGAAGCCUCGGAAACGAUAUGAUAGUGGGGAGGUGUCGAUCGAUCAGCCGCGUUUUUGUUUGGAGCAAAAAUUGCGGAACACACUGACCAACGGCUGAUUAGGCGACUUUCAACGGACGAUAUUUGAUAUGACGGCUAAGAUGUCGGAGAAGGUCCAUAUAAUGCUUUUCCGAGGCCUUGAAAUGCUUUUCGACGAGCAUCGUGAGCAAAACCGAUAUUUCGUGGUUGGUUUUAAUGAAAUUCCCUCUUCACGUUGGUUGUUAUCCUCUGUUGUCUUGUUUUUUUAAUCUCUAUGAAUCGAUCUUUUCUCGGCUUUUUCAGAUUGUUGACUUUGUAGUACAAACAAAAAAUUGUCGAAGUUUUCUUGUUGACAUUGAAAAAUGUCCGUUUUUGGAAACUCAAAAAAAAUUGAUUCUAUACUUUUUCACGGACUUUCUACGAGUUUCAAUUGACACCUCGGAAAAUUAGUUCUCUCUCCAGAAAAUAGUUGCCGAAUUUCUCCCCCAGAAGCCUUUCGAUGAAUACCAACGCAUUGAAUAGACUUUUUUUUCGCUGAAAAACGGCAUUCAAGCCUUCCUAACAUGAAGCUUUGUAUGUCCAGGUGCGUUCAUUUUUUUUCUAGCGAAGAACGUCUACGAGAUUAUUUUUAUUUUCCGUGGCAAGCUUUUUAUGAGACAGCUACGUUCGAAUCGCCCGGAAAUGCGUUUUAUUUCUCUUUCCUUCUUAGAAGUUGUAGAAAAAGGGCUAGCUGUUUGCAAAAUUGACGUCGUGGAAGCCUCAAUUUGAAUUUUCAUCCCCAUUUUUAAUCGUAACCUUUCAAAAAACUCGGAUCAAUGACGUGGGAUUCCGCACUUGUGGCUUCUGAUUUCAUUUUUUAUUUUCCUCAUUUCUCUUGUCGGAGGCUAAUUCCCGGGGUUUCAUGCUCAGCGACCGAGUGUUGUGGAAGAUUAAUAGGAGUGACUAGCGAACCGCGUUUUCUCAUUUCCUUUGACGGGCUCAGUUUGCUUCUGGCUUUCUCCGGAACGCGCAGUUUUUCGAAAUCCCGUGUUUCAAACCAUUAUGUUUCCGUAAAUUUGAGUUUUUUGAAAUCUAGUGGUAUGCUUUUUUGAGUCAUUUUAUGAGAUCUCGUUAUGAGAUAGGCUCAGUUUCCAAAGCCGUGCUCAUUGAGCCCAUGAGCAACGGAGACGGAUGUUUUUUAAUGUUUCCAAGAGUGAAGUAGUUUCAUGAAUUAUGCAAAUAGAAGCGGCCAACAUUUUUGUUUAUCGAAUUUUUUUCUCUUCCUGCAAGUCAGAAGCUUUCCACGCAGUAGAUCAAAUUUCAUCGAUUGUAAAUGAAAAUAUUUUGCGAGCGUCCAGUUGCGAACGAAUUUUGAUUGCGUGUACAUUCUCCCUGACGUGUCCCGUAGAUGUUUGAGGGUUGAGCUGUCUUGUUGUUCUCGUUUUUUUCUCGUUUAUUCGCCUGCAACUCCAAAGUGUUUCGUUGCAUUUUGGUCGCCAGGGGGCAAUCGAAAAGAAAGAGGUUUUGAAUCGGGAAAGUUAUGAUUGUUUGGUGAGAAAAUAGUUUAGUUCAAAGAAAGAAACGAGAAAAAUAAAAACUCGCCUCAACACGACUUAUGAUCAGGACACUAUGGACUUUUUCGCACUUAAGAAGCAAAUAUCGAAGAAAAGAGUAUAAUUUAGCGCUCUGGGAAAAUUAUAAUCCAAUUUUCUGAAGUUUGAUUAUACUCUUUGAAGAAAAAACAAAGCAGUGGAAAAGCUUUUCCUUCUCUAUUCGUUUUGAACAUAAAAGACUAAAUUGUAGUUUCGUGGCUCAUGAACAAAGGACUUUAAAAGAGUAGUCGCAGCUCAAGGUUCAUAGUUCUUCGGCUAACUACAAAAUUGGUAGGAAAAGGAAAGCAGUGGGCCGGGAAUAAGUUGGUGAAUUCGUUUUUCCGUUGCCACACAUUGAUUCUGACUGAGAAAGGCGAGGCCUUUUUUCUUCGUCUCUUUUUUUUUACUCUGAGCACUCGAGCAACGCCUUUGGGCUUGUUUUUUUACUCCCUCUGGGCGGCAUCAUUGCCUUAUCGCCUGGGUUUUCCGCGCAGCUUAUCUUUUAGGUUUUGAUGAAGUUAAUAACUUGUUUUCCAGAAAGCUUAUGAUGGUAAUCUCUCUGUUCUAUGCUUUUUCUUCUAUUUUUAUGAGGAGUUAUUUUUUGAGGUAAAGGAGUUGAGGUGAAGAAAGAAAUUAUAGAAAUUCGAAAGACGAAGUGUUUUCGCACUUAACCUCAACUUUCAAGUUUGAAUCGGCGAAAAGCUUAAAAACAGCAAAACAAAAAGUGCUGUGCAUCAUUUUGAUAACCAUCUGUGACUCAUAGAUUCCAUUGUGAUGUCCUUUUUGUCGCUUGUGUACUCCCCCUUCCUUUGAAUCGACUUCAUAACAACUCUAGAGAUUAUUUUUGCGGUUCCCUCCGCUCCGACAGAAAUUCCGUCAGUUAAUGGAUGCCAAGUUGAGAACGAGCAACAGAUCGAGAAGCCGUUCGAAAGGGCGGCCCCACAAAUGGAGGGUACGUGUAUCGCCUCUGUACUUUUGUCACUUUUUUGUACUACUAUCUGAUUUUUUUAUCUGCAAUAUUUUCCUUAUGGUGGUAACAAACUUUCUGUUUUGCGAUUUAUCUUUGGGUUUUUUAACAAGUUCAAAAUGAAACGGGGUGUUCAAUGAACUAUGACCUCGGUGAAAAAAAGACAGGCUCCGGAAAAAAAAUUUAAAAGUUAAGAUAAUGAAGAAAAAGUCAUUUUUCAAAAAGAAACGAGUUCAAAGAGUAUGAAAAAAAUUUCUACAGGCAUACGGGGAACCAGCAGCCUGGAGCUUUUCAAUAGAACUCAUUCGUUAAUGGCGUGUUCAUUGGAAAAAAAAAACGAAAACUGUUCCGAAACGCAAAAAAGUUGUUCCAAAACAAAAAUUAGUACGGCUUUGGAACAACUUUAGUGCGCCAUUGAACACGCAUUUUCGUUUCGAAACAUGUUCCGUUUCUCCAAUGAACACGAAAUAGUAAUGGAAUGGAACUCAGGGAUAUAACUUUUCAUUGUAUGAAAAGUGAAGGAAUAUUAUAAAUAGGAAGUUUAACAUUGAAAGGUUUCUCCAUUCGGAGAGCUUGAUUUUUUUUUUCUUGGCCUAUUUUACGAUCCUGGAUUGAGACAUUUACCAUAUUGGUUAUGAAAACUUAUCUAUUCCGAACAUGAAAAGGAUAUUUUUGGGAAAUUUGAAGUCUACGGAUUGUUUUGAGAAAUAUUCUUUUUUACAGGAAAUCACAGAAAAAGUUAUCCGUGAAUGAAGGAGUGUUUUUUGCAGCUGCCCGAUGAACAUGUGAUUCCGGCGGGCGGCGAAGAACGCUCUAACACGCCACCGACCGCUUCUGGCAUCAAUGGCUCGAACGGCGGAAGCGACGCAGAAACCCACAGCGCCGACAAGGCCUCCAUCGGAUCCAGCGAUUCUAAAGUGCAUAAAUCGUCUUUUCAUAGAGGAUUUUUAAGGUCGUGGAGUAUAAAGUUUUAGAGAAGUUAGAAAUUUAUGAGCCUUUUGAGAACUUAGUCAGUUUCUUCUCAAAGAUUUUGUAUUACCAGGACUGAAAAAUAUACUUUUUAUUUAAAAGAAAAUUCAAAAAGAACCUGCAAUUGAAAGUUUUUAGAAUUUCAGAGCUGAAAAUAAGAUUGUUAUAAGCGUUUUAAGUACUUAGGCCGUAUCUUUUCAAAGAUUUUUUAUUACCUGAACUGCGAAAAUGCUUUUUAUUAUUUUAAAAAAAUUUUAAGGAGGGCAUGGAGUAAAAAAUUUUGGAUCUUUCCAAGCUGAGGAGAAGAUUAGAAGUUAAAAAGAUAAACAGUACCUUUUUUCAAAUAUUAUUGAUAACCAGAGCUUUUUAUUGUAUAGGACUUUCACAGUUUGAAUCCAGAUCACUCUCGAAAAAACCAGAUUUUCAAGAACCUCAGAACCUGUUUCGUAACUCAUUCAGAACAUUUUUAUGCAGCGUUCUUUAGUCAUAGCCUAAUUUAUGUCGAAAUAAGCCCUUUGGAAAAAAUAUUUCUUUCUCAAAUAUAUCAGAAAAGUUAGUGAUUUAGCCUUGCCACUGAGUUCUUCCAUUCUUACUUUUUUCAGCAUGAACAGAGCAAAAUUGGGGCCCUCUUCGACAAAGCCAAGAGCAAAACGCGCAAACUCGUUGGCGGCAAAAAGAAAAGCCCAGGUGAAUAUUUCGAAAAUUUUAUUUUUAUUCAUUCGCUCCUAUAAAAUCAUCGAUGCAUGUUUCAAAAUUUCCUUAUGUACAAGGAUUAUUUUCGUUCAGAUCUUGUUGACGAAGCCUCGCAAUGUGCAAUUGAGAAACCAUUGGAAUUCGUUCCCCUAAGCCAUCCGCCGAGCAUCGAAUCUGAAAUUUAUACGUGCUCCGAAAAUAAGUUCCCCGCCUUGAUUGCACACUCGUCGAGCCGAAGAAAUGUCAUCGAGGAGGAGGUUUUUGAGGCUGUUUAUUGGGAGUUAUAAAAUUUGGUUUGAAGAAAAAAGCGACCGACGAAUAUGUCGAGAAGCACAGUGCGCACUUCCACGAGGAGAAGGAUGUCGCCAAAAAACCGGUGAGAAUCUUGGUAUUCUUUUCGAAGUUCGGUUUUGAGAAACGGAAAAAAGAAAUAAGCUUAAAUUUUUUAUUCAUAGAAAAAGCGCGAAAUUCAUUUUCAAAAUUUGAUUUUUUGUGUACCAUUUCAGUCUCAUUGUCAGGUAGAAAAAGAGGACAAAUUUUUCAUUUUUUUAGAAUAAAUAAAUAAUUGGAUGUCAUGUUCAAAGCGAUUCAGUGGAUUUAAAAAUUAUCUUUGACUCCCCGAAUUUUAGUUGAUCAAUUUGAGCAUGACAUUAUGAUUUGGAAGUGAAACUGAAAAAAAAAGAUCAUUUUUUGUUUAGGAUCCGCUUUUUGAAAGUCUUUUUGCGAAGUUUUCAUAGUUUUUCUGAAAAAAUUUUUGCUUUUUUGGCUUUUUUUUUCAGUUGUUUUUCGCUAUUGUUCCUUAAAAGCUCUCUUUUUGACCUUACCACAGAGGUUAUUCUCAUUUUCCAGGUCUACAUCGACCCGGCCGACCCUUCGGACCCUUUCCAUGUGCAGUCACUCAUUCACAAAUUCCGAAGCUUACCAUUUUUCCAAAGCCGAAUGGUCGUCCUCGGCACCUUGCUGGCUUUAACCCUAGCCACUCCAGGUCGACAAAUCCCUCCCCUUUCCCUCCAAAACCUCAAAUUUUAGGUCUUUUUGCGGGUCUUCUUUGGGGUUUCUACCUUUCGAUUAUGGGAUUUUUGUACUUUUUCGUUUCUGAACCGAAAAUCACGACGGAUGAGGUUGUUGAUGGUAUUUUUCAUUUUUCCUUAAUGAAGAGAUCCAGGGAAAUGAAUGGGCCGGUAUGAAGGACGACGACGUCGUCGCGAUGAAUGUUAAGGACACGGUGACGUCACAGAUGUUGGCUUUGGAUGACGGCCAAGGCUUCGGACUGGGCGACGGCAUCGUUUACAGGGUAAUUGUGGCGGCAGUUGAAAAUUUUGAGUAGAUUUUUUUGUGGAUCAUCAAAAAAGUAGGUGCUUGGUUCAACUGGAAGCGUUUAGCGUGAAAAUUUUCAAGUUUAAGAUAUUUUAUUAUGAUAAAAGUCUUUUAGAAGAUUUGUAGCUUUUUGAAAUAUCUCAUGUACCUUGCUGGGAAAAUUUUUAAUGCCCUCUUUACGUUUUAUUGGCCACUGUAGUAGUCUAAUUAGUGGUCACCCAAUGGUAAAAAAUUAGUGACUAUUUUAGAGAGUGGUACUAAUAGACCACUACAAUAUUUAGUGGCCCCUUUAGAGCUCAAUUAAUCAAACUGGUUCAAAAAACUUCUUUUGAAAUCAUCAGAGUGAACUUGCUUUGCGAGAGGUGGGGUUGGUCUACCGAUUAUUGCAUGAAAAAUUACUAUAGAGGCCACUAAAAAAAAGAACCGCUAUAGUGGUCACUAAGACGGGAAAUAAAGGUCACUAGAGCUGGUUUUUUUCCCGAUAAAAUUCCGAUAAUUUUAAAGGGUUGGAUGAAUGAACUACGGGCUCGGUAUUCUCCGGCCGCCUACCACGUCAAUUCGUCCCAAUCGGUGCUCGUCCGACUCGAAGGUUCCGUGUUGCGGAUCUGUCGUCCGGCCAAAGCCGUCCUCAAACACGCCUUCUACGACGACCCGACGCUGAGACAGGCCCAGCCGACCAUGGUCUCACAGACUAUAUUCGACCUCAAGGACGCCGAAGUGCUUCAAUUUCAAUGGGAUCCGAAAUGAUGAGAGACUUCAGGUCACUCUCCGUCCCAAAAGACUCGCCAAAAGGCGUUGGUGGAGCCGGAAAUACCCGAUUCACAUCCGCUUCGCUCACACCAACAGCACCAUCGCCGACGUUGACCAAGCCAAGACAGGCCAUCAUCGUGGAAUGACCAGGUAUUCAUUGGCUUCUGAGGCUACAAAAAGUCGAAAAAAGAAAACGAAGAAAACGUUUAAAAUUCAUCAAGUUAUUUGUCAGGAAGCUGUUUUGAACCCUCUUUCAUUUGUUUUUUUCAACAAUUCCUCUCAUAAAUUUCCUGUAUAAACUUCGAAACUUCCAGAUUUCGUUUUAGUAACAAAUUUAUAUCACUUUCAAAAAUUUUAUGCUACGUCCGGCAAUGUCGAAAAUGUCACCUAUAGAGCAUACUUAACAUCGUUAAAAUCCUCUCAAAAAACUUUUCUUUCUUUUUUUUUUCUGGUCUGUCCAAUUUAAAUAGACCCCGAGUAAAUAAUAAGAAGUUGAAAUAAAAAGGUUUUUUUUUGAAAUACGUUUUUAUUUUCCUGAUUCUGUUUUUGACUGAAAAAUUUUUUUGAACUGUCCCUUGAAGAUGCCAUAAUAGGGAUUUUCACUAGAGCAAACGUCUUCAGAUCUGUCUCCCUCAACCCCACGCCCAGCUGCCAAAGUAUCGAAGCCGAGCUGGCACCAUCUUCGCUGUCUGAAGUGCGAACUGAGGACGACGAUCCUGGAUAUUCGGCCGAGAGCGACUGGUCGAGCGAUGAAGAUAAUGGUGACAGUGUCAACCAUUUUCAAUCUUAACUCUCAGUUUCAGAGCCUAAAACAGGAAUCGCGCGGUCCAACUCGACGGGUGAAAUGGGCGAGUUUGAGCCGGAGUCGCGCGGAAUGAGAAACAAGCGCCGUGGACGCAGCAUUUACCUGUUCUGUCGUGCUGCGCGCGAGAAGGAACGUUGGUUCCACCUGUGAGUUGUCCCAAGACCAUCGGCAGCUAUUCUUCAUUUUUCCAGCCUCCGAGAGGCCUGCGCCAAGGCAAGAACUGCGACGCAAUUGCAACGUUGCUCCAGCGAACUGUGCAAGUCGCCUUCGACGUCGAGUCUGUCGCGCAUCGCCACGGAGCUCUUGGUGAAUGGCAAGAACGCCGACGAGAACACGGCCAUCGUCGCCGUCGAGGCCAUCGACAUCGACAACGAUGAUGUGAUUUUUGGCUUCAGAUUAACAGUAGAAAAGUCCUAGACAAGCACUACUUUACAAGGAAACUAUUUUUGUUUCACUUAAGAACUCCAGAGUGAUCCCUAUAGGGGCCCUUGGAGGAAUCCCUUUAGUGAACCCUUUACCAACCUCUAUAGGAGCCACUAAAGCUUGCAAAAGUGGUCUCUAUAGGGGUUUCAGUUAGUGGCCCCUAUAGGGAACAUGCUAGUCGAUAAUUGUUAUGAACUCUGCGAAGAAGCAUUUCUAUGCAAAAAAACCAAAAAAAAAUACCCUUUUUUGGAUAAAAUUGAAAGACCCCUAUAGAGAGUCAGUUUUGAGAAGAUCCACUUGAGAAGUCCACUUGAGCUUUAGGGACGAAAAGGGUCAGACCCUAAACUCCUAAAGGGACCACCUUCAUUUUAUCCCUAGAGGGACUACUUUUUCGUCUACCUAUAGAAAUUGUUUUGCCCCCUAGCCCCUAUAGGGACCACUCUGGAAUUCCUAGGUAGUAGGAAAUCGUUCUAUCUAAAAACUGACUUCAAGUUGAAAAAAAUAAAAUUAUUUUUUUGCUAUAUUUUUUUAAGAUUAGUGACCAGAUUUUUCGUUUUGCAGGGACCGAAUGAGCACAAAAAUGACGUCAUCAAGAGCCCGGAACGAAAACAUUUGGCUCCGCAGUACGAGUACCUCAAGUACCGCAGCAACUUUGCCAGCUUUGUCAAGUCAGUUUUGAGAAGAUAUCCAAAUUAUGUUGGAUCCUGAUACAGAGAGCUGGCGGGAAUCAUGUCGAUUCACAUCCCGGUGAAGCCUGAGCCAAGAAGCACCGUUUCCGUUGAUCUCGGAACGAUGAAAUGGACCAAAGGGCCGUCCCAAGUCAGCUCCGAACUCGUGGACUGUAUCAAUGUUCUUGGGACAAGGUCUGUACUGAGCAAUUCAUAGAAGUCUUCAAUUAGCUUGAUUUCAGAGUCUUUUUCGAUUCUUGCCGUGACGAGUUCUGGGUUCACAAGGUCAAGACCAAGAUCCAGAAUAAAUUGGCGACGAUUCAUGUUGGUUUUUGUGAACUUCCUGAAAAAAUCAAGCAUUUUUCAGCUUCCUUACUUUAUCGAAAAACUGGAGCUUGCCGAUUUGAAAGUUGGAACUGUGACACCGAGAAUCACGGCGAUCUAUGCGCCGAGAGUCGACGAAUGGGGCCCUUGGGUGGACUACGAUGUUUGAAAUUGGAAGACCUGAACAUUUUUAAAGUUGUGUUCCAGAUGAAAUACAAAGGCGGCAUACGGUUGGUAUUGCAGACGAGCGUUAAUUUGAUCAAACUGCAGAGCGGAGCUCAUCAGGUACAGAUCAGAUUUCGGGUCAGGGAAAAUUGGAUUUACUUCUAGGCCUACUAAGAUAUUCGCAGAAACGACCUGUAUUUUUCGGCCUCUUUUAUAGAUGAAUUUAACGCAGUUGAAACUCUGAAACAAUUUUAGGGAACUUCAACGAGUUCAUGUUGAUCUGAAGUUUAGGAAAACAUUAUUUGAGUUUUGAAGGAAUAGAUACGAAAAGCCCGUUGAGUGUUUGAUUGACUUUUUUUUUUCAAGGACUCUAAGUUUUGGCUGAACUGAAAUCUAGAAUUUUCGGUCCACGUAGAUCCAAGUACAAAUCGAGUGUUAGGUUAAUCCUAAUAAAAAGCUCAUGAGAAAGAGUUCUAAGGGACGGUUUUAGUUUGUAGCAUAAACAAACGGUUUUCGAAAAGUACCGUCACUGAGUGAGAAAAUUAACAGAACUCGGGGAAAAUAGAGAUAGUUUUGACCUACGCGACGUACUUUAAAUUUAAAAUUUGGUUCUGUCAAAAAUCACUAAAAAUUUGAAAGGUUUUUCAUUAUACUUUACGCUUAAGGUUGAAACGGAAAAGAGAGUAACUCGCUGGACGGAUUCGGUUCGUGCUGCCCAUUACUCAGACUCAGACCUUCCCGAGAGCCCCGAAGACAGUCCAGAUGAGGACUUUGGAGCCAAAAAUAAGUCCGAGGGGUACUUUGAUUAAAUCCAACAAGAUUCAUAAGGGUUUUGCUCAGAAUCACCAAAGAGAAGACUGGAAAGAAGCUGCUGACAUUUGUGGAACGGGCCGCCCAGAGCAGUUUGUUCCAGAAGGCCGCCAAGCUUUCCACCGUGGCCAAGGUUUUCCUUUUUUGAAUCAAACAUUAAGAUCCUUGAAUUUUCCAGCUCAUCGAGGACGUCUCCUCGACCCCGCUCAUUCUGAACGUCGAGAUCGAAGAAGUCGAAGGGACCAUGACCAUCAACAUCCCGCCGCCGCCUUCGGACCGUCUGUGGUAAGCAGUUUCCAUCAUUUCUUGAAAACCCCAAAACACGGCCGUUUGAUGUUCGAUGCAAGGUUGUAUCGCAUUUCAAUGGAUUCCGUCGGUAUCUUCGCCCGUGUUUGCCCAAUCUGAAUGUUUUAGCUGAAAGACAAAACGGCCAAAACCAAGGAAAACGUGCCUGGGUUUCCGCUCGCCGCGUUUCUAAUUCCUGUCCAAAUAUUUUGAUUCCGCUGACCUUGAAUACGCAUUUUUCCGUAAUUUGUGAAUUUUGCCGGGUUGGCUGGAAGAGAUUCAUUUGAAUAAUGGAAGUUUUCAUUCUUUCUUGAGUAGAAUAGUAUCCUGACUUUCCUUAGAAGCAACUGAAGAGAUAAAGAUCAUCAGACCAUGAAUUAAUAAAAAAAGUCCGGUUUUAAAAUGUAUUUUUCAACCUUUUUUGUCCCAAAAAAAAAUUUUCAAGUGUGACUGUGUCUUCAAAAAUUAGAAAAUUAGUGGGGGCUUAAAAAAUUUUGAGCGGAGUUUUUGGAUGUAAAUCAAGGUCUCAAAACGAAGAGCUGUUUUCGGUUUUAAUUUAUGUUUCCGAGGUUUUUGUGUCCUCAAAAUUUUAAACGAGGAUUGGUAGAUAGAAUUUAACAUGUAUAAUGAUGGAUAAAAGGAGAAUUUUUUGAAAAAAAAGAAUCAAUAAGAAUUUACGUAAAAAUCUUUUUAGCGGUUUCAUUUUUCCUCAUGAAGUUUUUUUUUCCGAUAAAAAGUUGAAAAGUUGAGGCUCAUUAUGCAGAAGAGGGAGUCAAGAAUAGAUUUCAUUAUAAGAAAAACUUUUUUUUCCUAAUAAUUUUGCCCUCUGUUGAACUUUCACAGCUUGAUACCAGUGAAGGUCUUGAAUGCGAAAACUUUUUUUGCACACCGAGCUCUAAUUCCUGUCCAAAUAUUUUGUCCUGGCUGACCUCAACCACGCGUUUCCGAGGUACUUGUGAAUUUUGGGGUCGGAAGGCCUUAGAAGUGGUAGGCAUUGUAAAAGGUUGCGUGAGUAUUGCGUGCAAACAUGCCACGAGGGCGCGCCUUUUUCGGUUGACCAUCCGUUUGGCGCAAGCAAUAAAACUACCGUCGAUGGCAGCGGCGGCGGCGACGGCGACGGCGGCUUCUAUCUGAGAGCCGUUGAUUUACGGCUGCCUGUACCUAGUAUCUCUUCCCUUAUCGCAGGCCAUCGCCGCUAUAACAUAUGAUUUCUGAUUGGAGAUUUCCCUCGCGACUCGCCACGACCAUCGUGCGAGAAACUUUCUCGCAGCAGCUAUCAUUUAUCACCCGGCGCCUCCCUCAUUCUCAAUUGCACACCCAUUUUUCAAUUUCCAACGGCCUUGGUUGUGUGGCAAAAAAACCAACGCCCUGUUUUUUUGGGCCUUCUGAGCAAAUAAAUAUCUUUGCUGUGGCUCCAUUUUUGGUGGGAAAUGUGAAAUCGAUUUGCAAAGUUUUGAUGGGAAAUCGCGACGAUUUUAGAGAUGAGGAAGAUGAAAAAAGAAAGUGGAAAAAUGAAGUUUCAAAGAUUUUUUGAAAUACUCGAACUAUCUUUAAUUUUGAAGGACUAAUGGAACUUAAAGAAAUUGGAUCCUUAAGGAGUUUCGGAAUUUUUUUUAGCACGUAAAUUUUAAAGGCCUUUUGAGCUUCAGAGCGACUUUUUAAGUCAGAAUUUUUGAAUCUAAAGUUUCAAGAUCUAGUCUUAAGUUCUUUUUUUAUUGAAAAUUUAAAGUUGAAGGUCUCGAACGCCAUUUUUUCAUUUUUAAUAAACUUCUGGUUUGCUACCGAGUAAUCUGUAGAUCUGUCCCUGUCCAUUCUCAAAACUUUGGUUUUCCGACACGAAUAAUUAUUUCCCCUGACUAGGGUCUUUCUUGUGAAAUCAAAUGGAGAAUAUUCAAAUUGCCGAAGUAAAAUUUCGCCUUUUCCAGGUACGCGUUCCGGCAGAAGCCACUCCUGAAGAUCAAAGCGGUGCCGCAGGUCGGAGACCGAUCAGUGGACCUCUCGACGGUUUCCGAGUGGAUCGAAUCAAAAGUCCGACUUCUACUUGAAAGGAACUUGGUCUGCCCCAAUAUGGACGACAUCAUCGUCCCUCUGCUCUCCGGAAAUGCUCUCCUUCACAUGAACUAUCACUUGUAG